AUGGCAUGCCGCUACACUCAAUCCAGGCAGAGCCGGCUGGUUUGGUGCAAUCUGGAAGUUUGUUGUAACAAGAGACAGAACAAAAAACACAAGGAAGAGCCUGGCAGCUGCAUAAAACUCCCUCCAAGCUCUGUUCUCCACAGAAGUUCACCAGCCUCAGCAAUCAGCAUGACCAGCCAGUCUCAGGGAAUCCAGCAGCUUUUGCAGGCAGAAAAACGUGCCAAGGACAAACUGGAGGAAGCCAAAAAAAGAAAGGGGAAAAGGCUGAAGCAGGCCAAGGAAGAAGCCACAGCCGAGAUAGACCACUACAGGUUACAGAGGGAGAAGGAAUUUAGGAGCAAGCAAACGAAUGUAAUGGGCUCCCAAGGUAACGUCUCUGCUAAAAUAGAAGAGCAAACAGCAGAAACCAUUCGAAACCUCACGAGCAGCUACCACAGGAACAUGGAGACCGUGAUGAAAAAGCUCUUGAGCACAAUAUGUGACAUCAGCCCUGAAAUUCACCCUAACUUCAGACAUGAAGUUUAAGAUCCACUGAUGUGCUGUGUUUGUAAAAAGUAGCCUCCUUUCUUGAUAAGCAUAAAUACUUCCUCAUGUAUUGUUUCUGCACGUGUGAGAAAAAAAAAAGAACACUAAAGCCAAAAGCACACAAUUCACACAGGCUUUUGAUGUGACAGGAAUUAUACAUGGUUUUGCAAGCAUUUGUUGUAAUAUUGUUUCCUGUUAGUAGCUAAGCCCCUGUCAUUUAGACAGGGGCAAGUCAACAACAGUAGAAUAAAUGA